ACAUACGAACAAAUAAUCGAUCUGCAAAUCUGGACUGGAGUUCUGUGACCAAUCAUUUCAUAAACUGGUUCGGUUCCGAGUACUGCGCCGUAUUAUUAACAUUUAAAAUUGUGACAAUAAAAAAUAAUUCUAACCCUCGAGAUCAAUGUACUACAAACAAUGAAAUGACGUUAUCUCACAUCCAUGUACCAACACGACUUUGGUGAUUUUUUUGAUUCGAGUGACUGAACAACAAUAGUGCAAAAAUCUAACAAAUACAUGCAAGGUUGACUGACCCCAAACCACAACAUGUCCCACCGUCUCCUGGUACUAUUUUUUAUAAUCGCCACAAUUGGUGGUACUUUAGGGUACCAGAACUGGCGCCGAGACAGACAGCCUAAAAUAGUCGGUGAUAAAAUACCCCUCAAUGCAAUUAUGCCAAAUCGGCGAAAAAUGCAAAGAAAAAUUGUCCAGUACCACAAUUAUUUUCGCACAAAAGUGGUACCACGGGCUGCUAAUAUGUUACGAAUGAGAUGGCACAAAGGUGCCGCCCGAGCUGCCCAAAAGUGGUCUCGUAAAUGUUUUGUUUUGACCCAUGAUAACAUAACUGGGCGACAUAUCGAAAACUAUGGUGCUUGUGGUCAAAACAUAUUUAUCGCCUCUGACAAAGUACCAUGGUUAUUUGCCAUCAAAACCUGGUAUUUGGAAAAAGAUAACUUCACCUUUGGUAGUCGCAAAAAUGACCUAAUGAUCGUGGGCCACUACACCCAGAUGGUAUGGGCGAGCACCCACGAAGUCGGCUGCGGCUUAUCUAAAUGUUACUUAAAAUCGAGCGGAAAAACCUUCUACAACUACAUCUGCAACUACUGCCCCAUAGGAAAUCAGCCAGGACAACUGGGACGUCCUUAUCGCAGAGGAAGGCCUUGUAGUCUAUGUCGGAACAACUGCUUUGCCAGAAAACUCUGCACCAAUUCAUGCCAUGUGGCCGACUUGUGGGCCAAUUGCAAGGAAUUGUACAAAGUCUGGCCCCAGUGGCUUUGCGACACGACUUCAGUCAAAGGCCAAGAAAGGAAAAAGCACUGUAGAGCUACUUGUACUUGUAAAAACAAAAUCCACGACUAAUAAAUAAUUGGAAAUC